AUGUCUCACAACGAACAUGCCGCCGCUCAGACGAACGGCGUCCCGUCGUCCGCUUCCGGCAAGCAAAGACGGGUCAUCAUGUGCUUCGACGGCACGGGCAACAAAUUCACGGGCACCGAAUCGGACACGAAUAUUGUCAAGCUGUACCGAAUGAUGGACCGGCAAGAUCCAAAUCAGUUCCAUUACUACCAGCCCGGCAUCGGUACAUACGGUAAAGACGGCUCGCUCUCAUCGGCAUCCACUCUGGCAGGCGGCUUCAGAGCGUCCAUCGUCUCAGCUGUGGACCAGGCGAUCGGGACUUCGUUCGUCGACCACUUGCUUGCGGGCUAUAAGUUUCUUAUGAAGCAUUAUUGCGAAGGGGACCAGCUGUAUAUCUUUGGCUUCUCGCGUGGUGCCUAUACGGCACGGUUCCUGGCCGAGAUGAUUCAUGACUUGGGGUUGCUGUCCCAGGGAAACGAGGAGAUGAUACACUUUGCGUGGGAAACGUACAGCGCAUACCAAAGAUGUGAGAAGAACCCCGUGAAGAAUACCAAGGAGCAAAAGCACCUCCUAUCAUACAUGAAGAAAUUCUCGCACACCUUCUGCCGUUCAGGCGUACUGGUGCACUUCCUAGGGCUCUUCGACUGCGUCAACUCAGUGGGACAGUUCGAGGUCCCCUUGUUCCGCAUAACAAGCCCUUAUCUGGCCUCAGCCCCAGCCCGGCACAUCCGCCACGCUGUGUCAAUCCACGAGCAGCGCGUCAAGUUCAAGCCCGCGCUGUUCUUGACCGACCCCGAUUUCCGCGAUGAACACAACAAGACGCUCAAAGAGCUCUGGUUUGCAGGCGAUCACUCCGAUGUUGGGGGUGGGUGGUCCAUCGAGGUGGGAGAGAUGGGCUUGUUGUCGGACAAGCCGUUGCAGUGGAUGCUCGAAGAGGUGCAGAAUAUCCCCGAUACCCCUGUCAAGCUCACAUUCCGCCGCAACUAUGAAAAAUUCCUCGGCCACCGGGAAACCAAAGACUACAGACCCAGCAACAUCUUCGGCUGGAUCAUCUGGGCACUGGGCUGGCUCAUAAUGCCCAAAUUCCGACCCGCCGAAACGCCCCACCACUCCCUCACUAUCGGGGCCGGUUCCAGCGUUGUUAAGACGCUUUUCUGGUGGAUCAUCGAAAUCCUUCCUAUCUUCACGCGGCACGAGCUCGAGGACGGCAAGUGGGUUCUGCGCCGGUACCCCAACCUGGGAAGAGCGCGCGACAUCCCCGCCAACGCCGAGAUCCAUGCAUCGGUGAAUGAUUAUGUUGCCCGGGGCAAGAUCGCGAAGCCGAGGACCGGUGGGGGGAAGGGUUUGGGAUUUGCGGGGCUGUUAUCGUGGAUUAAUGUUAAGGAGCGGUUUAAGUGGUGGAAGAAUGUCGCCAAGUCUAAGAUGCCUAGUGAGGAGUGA